GAAAUAAAGAUACCUAACUGUUGCAUAUGUGUCUUACCUAACAACCUGUCGGUAUUUUAUACCAUUUUAAUGUUCAAUAGUGUGAGAGGUGUGAGCAAUAUGACGGUACACAAGACCCUAGCAAGAGCUCGCAAUAUUUGCCUCUCGUUCACAAUAUUUUUAUUAAUGAUGAUUGUGGUGAGAGGACCACCAGCAACUGUUGAAGAAGAGCUAAUGCUCGCGGCCCGUUUGUCCGGGCCCCUCAGCUAUGAUGAUCCUGAUCUCCUUCAUGUGGUGACUCACUUCUUCCUACACCCGCCCUCCACCCUCCCUUAUCACCUUGUGAGAGAUCAACAGUACAGUGCUGAAAAAGUAACAUAUUCUUCAUACGAAAAUGAAUUCGCUUUUACGUUCUACAAAAACGUCAUGAAUGACCUGUUCGAGGGUGCUCCCCCCGGGUUCUUCGUGGAGGCAGGAGCUUUGGAUGGGGAGUUUCUCUCCAAUACAUUGUCUCUGGAGACGAACAGUGGUUGGACAGGGCUUUUGGUGGAGACCGAUGGAGAUAUGUUUAACCAGUUGUUGCGGAAGCGAAGGCAGUCAUGGGCAUGUCAUACUUGCCUGGCCACCCAGGCUCACCCACACCUCGCCAUACUUGUCAAAUACCUACAUAAUUCACAUUUUAAUACUUUUACGAGCCAUUCUGCGAGGGCUCGUGGAUCACUGAUGAGUGUGGCUGGAGGGGCCAAUUUUGACAUGUCGGAGCAGAGCCAUCGAGCCUACGAGUCUGUACAGUGCUUGCCUUUAGCUACGCUGCUCUUGGCGAUGAACAUCACCCACGUAGAUAUGGUGUCACUGGAUGUUGAGGGCGCCGAGGAGGACAUAUUACGUCACUUUCCCUGGGAUCGCAUCACGGUAGACGUCUGGCUGGUAGAACACCAAAUUCACACCCCUUCCGACUCCAUAUACUCUGCGCAAGUCUCUUUUUCCGGAUCGUCUCCUGAUGCCCCAAGAAGAUUAGAAGCUACAAAUAAUCACAAAUUUUCAACAGCUUCUUCGAAACAAGAGAAAGUUGACGGAGAGUUUGUCAGUAUGUUCAUUAUACACGGCUAUGAACUGUACAAAGUGAAAACAGAUCCCAUUCCGGAUUACGUAUUCAUACGAAAGGAUUCUAAAGUUGAUAAGAGACUUAAAGCAAGAGGCUUGAGUAGCAAAAUCGCUGAUAUAGGAUCACAUUCAUUAUAACAACACUGUAACUUGGAGAUUAACCUUAAUAUUUUAUUCAUAGUUAUGAUUAUAAUAAACUCAGUGACUCUAAAUAUUCAAGUGAGAAACUUCAAGAAACUUUGGCAGGUACAUCACCCUGGAAUGCACUUGUGCCUUCAUGCAAAGUGAAAUUUGUAAUUGCAUGGUAAUUUAUGAAGCCUCGCACCAGCACGGCUAUGCAACACCUGCAAUAACCGGCUUUCGUUAGGAUAAUGUUCUGAAUAAAUUUUAGGUAAAUGUUAAUAGAGUAAAUAUAUUUUAAUGGAAACAGAUAAAUCUGUAAAAAUUUAGAGAAGACUUAGAGUUGCUUUUAUGUUGUUGAUAUUAUCCAUCACGAGAACAAACAUGGACAACAGGUCCACCAACUUCAUAAUAUUACACUGAAAUUAGACUUACUCCUAGAAUUAAUUUGAAAUGAGGUGAUAGUUGGCAUAGAUUCCUUAAUAACUUUCCUUAAUAUCAUACUAAAAAUGAAUAUUGAUCUAUCCUAUCCUUAAACAACGAAAAGACUCCUCAUAACUAACUAAUUCCGAUUUGAGACUUUAAUAACUCAAAGUUAGGGUGUUGGCUCAUAAACAAAAAUCUCUACAUUAAAUAUAGAAAAAAAUUUACUUGAAAAAAUCCCAGUUUCAUUUCCUUCCCGGUAAGUUAUGACGCCGUUUGGUGACAGAGAUGUUUUUCUUUUUAUGCAAAGUUGGUAUCGCAACGAAAGUAGUUAGUGUAAACUUGCUGGAAAAUAAGAGCCUCAGUCAGAAGCCGAAAAAGUACACACAACCCCUCUUUAUUAAAUGUUUUUUUUAUUUAAAAUGUAACCAUAAAAAUUAAGAAUUCACUUUGUUAUUUUUUUUUACCAAAUUAUGAUUCAGUUAUGAUUACCUACAUAAAUGAGUUUUUUUUUUGUUCUUCAUAACAAAAUGCAUUGAU